CAGGCAGGCAGGAUCACUGUGGCAGUGGUUCUGCCUGGCUUUCACUCUGUCUCCCCAGGGAGAGAGCUUUUCUCUCACUUCAGGCUUCUCUGCCACAAGAGAGGGAGGGAGAGUGGAGGAAGCAGAAGGGUCCCUUCACACUGCCUGGUUCAUAUCUGCAGCAGCAGACCAUGAGAAAGGGUCUCUUUGCUCCUAUGGUCACUUCACCUUUGAUUUGAAACUUUUACCCACUUCCACAAGGGACAAUGGAGGAGCAAUAUAUUUCCAAACUUCACCCAGCAGUGGAUUACGGAGCUGGGGUCUUUCUUCUGAUCAUAGCCAUCCUGACAGUGCUUGGAAAUUCAGCCGUCCUUGCCACAGCUGUGAAACGCUCUUCCCUCCUGAAGUCACCAGAGCUGCUUACAGUCAACUUAGCAGUAGCAGAUAUUGGAAUGGCAAUCAGCAUGUACCCUCUGGCCAUUGCAUCUGCCUGGAAUCACGCUUGGCUGGGAGGAGAUGCAUCCUGCAUAUAUUAUGCCCUGUUGGGUUUCCUUUUUGGUGUCUGCAGUAUGAUGACCCUGUGCGCCAUGGCCGUGAUUCGAUUCCUUGUGACCAAUACUUCCAAAUCUAACAGUAACAAAAUCACCAAGAACACUGUUCGUAUCUUGAUUAUUUUCAUCUGGCUCUACUCCUUGUUCUGGGCCAUUCUGCCCUUGGUAGGCUGGGGCUACUAUGGCCCUGAGCCGUUUGGCAUCUCUUGUACUAUAGCCUGGAGCAAGUUUCACAACUCCUCCAAUGGCUUUUCAUUCAUCCUGAGCAUGUUCCUCCUGUGCACAGCUCUGCCUGCACUGACCAUUGUUGCCUGUUACUUGGGAAUUGCCUGGAAGGUUCAUAAAGCAUACCAAGAGAUCCAGAAUAUUGACAGGAUCCCUAAUGCAGCUAAACUGGAGAAGAAGCUGACAUUGAUGGCUGUGCUCAUCUCAGUCGGGUUCCUGAGCUCAUGGACACCGUACGCAGCAGCCAGCUUCUGGUCCAUAUUUAACUCCAGCAAUUCCCUACAGCCCAUUGUUACACUGCUGCCCUGUCUGUUUGCCAAAUCUUCCACAGCCUACAACCCUUUCAUUUACUACGUCUUCAGCAAAACUUUCCGACGUGAAAUGAAACAGCUGCGAUGCUGCUGUGGCUGGAGAGUCCCUUUCUUCAGCACCGACCGCUCUGCUGAAAACCCCUUCUCGAUGAUGUGGAGUGGGAGGGAUAACGUGCGCCUCUCUUCGGCUGCUAGGGAGGAGAACCAGGGAGCUGCAAUGCGCUGAAAUGCAGCCAGGAGUUCCCAACAUAGGUCAAAACUCAGGGCCACUCCUGGGUCUACAUGUUUAGGGAUGCAGCAUGCGGGGUUGUUACUGCAUAUCUUAUACCAAAUACAGAGGGUUAAGCAUCUA